AUGUUACAAAACCAACCCACAUUACAUGAUGAAGUAGACCUUGAACGUCAGGCGACGUUAGUGUCAAGUGCAACUGUAACAAUAAAAACUAUAAAAAAUGUCGAUGAUGUGAUUGUUAAAUCGUCAUCGCCUGACGAUACCUUAUUACAUGGUGUUGAAUUAUUUUGGGUUGUCUUGGGUCUAGGAUGUGCUGUAUUUUUAGCCGCUUUAGAUCAAACAAUUGUUUCCACCGCUUUACCUAAAAUAGUUUCAGAUUUUAAUGGAUUGGAUCAAAUCGCAUGGGUUGCAACUUCUUAUCUACUCACAACGACUUCCUUCCAACCAAUCUAUGGAAAAUUAUCUGAUAUUUUUGGUCGUAAAGCAACUUUCUUAGUUGCCAUUGGUAUCUUUGAAUUGGGCAGUGGUGGUAUAAUUGGCCUCGUCUUAAUUAUUAUUUCAGAUAUUGUCAGUACUAAAGAUCGGGGGAAAUACCAAGGUAUUGUUGGCGCAUGCUUUGGUAUUGCUUCUGUAGCAGGCCCUCUCAUGGGUGGUGCUUUUACUGACCAUAUUAGUUGGAGAUGGUGCUUCUUCAUCAAUCUUCCUUUAGGUGCAUUAACAAUAAUCGCUGUAGUUUGGUUUCUUCACCUACCAAAACCAUCCGGUUCAUUCCUUGAAAAAAUUAGGAGAGUUGAUAUUAUUGGCACCACUAUAAUGAUUUUAUCAACUGUUUGUAUCUUAUUAUCUCUAAAUUGGGGUGGCAAUACUUAUGCUUGGAAUAGUCCCUUGAUUAUAAUAUUUCUAUGCGUCGGCGCAUUCGGGUACAUAAUAUUUGUUCUUGUUGAACAUUACGUUGUUAUUGAACCCGUUGCUCCAACAACACAAUCUGGAAUAGAUUUCAUGCCAUACAUUCUUGGUAUAGUAGCUUUCUCAAUCCUAUCCGGUCAACUAUUCUCUCGAACAGAUAAGAUAUCGUUUCGAUUAGUGACUAUGAUUUCCGCGGCAUUUGCAAUAGUCGGUGCUGGAUUAACCACUAUGUGGAAUGAAACAUCUGGAUAUGGUGAAUAUAUAGGAUACAUGUUAGUUGCUGGUGCUGGAGUUGGUGCAAGUAUUCAAUCUAUUGUACUAUGCGUUCAAGGAUUGGUUGAGCCGAAGGAUAUAGCUACUGUUACUACUUUAAAUUUAUUCUUUAGAAGUAUUGGGGCUGUUUUUGGAAUUGCAAUAUCAGGAGCUGCAUUUAAUAAUAAACUUUCUCAAGAAUUAAGUACUUUAAAUUUACCUCCUACCUUUUCAACACAAUCUGUAUAUACUAUAUAUUCAUUACCUCCAGAUACAUUGCCAUUAGUUAUUCAUGCCUAUGUAUCAGCAUUUCAAUUUACCUUUGCGCUUGCUAUACUAUAUGGUGCAUUAAUGUUUAUUUCAUCGUUGUUUAUGGGAAAUAGUAAACCAAUGUUUAGGAAGGGUGAAGAAGUCGUUGAUAUUCCUGUAUUUGAAUAA